UGGUUCCAGGAUGCUGAAAUAGUACUCGAGCGGUUGGAGCAGCAUAUGCCCGACACGUUGAUCGCGACGGUCACAACGAGCUUUACCGUCUCGAAGCGGACACUACACAACGUGUUCCCGAAUUUGUGCAGCAGCUACGUAGACGAAGAGAAAAGCAAGAAAGAUUUCAUCUUGGACAAUCUACUGGGGCAACGGAUCGUCAUGAGCGGCUGGGUGCGGUUCCAAUGGGAUUGCAUUUUCGGCCACUUCACGGGUAUAACGGACGAGUCGGACAUGUUGACGCCGAUGCUGUGUGUGGUCGGGGACUUGGAAGACGUGUCCGUG